UCAAGAUGUAAUAUUUUUUUUGUCAGAGGAAAUAUCCAAACCUAUGGCAGCCAUGCCAUGCUCAAAAGUCAAUUUCUUGGUUGUACGCCACAUUUUCUUUCAUCACGUCACGGUAUCAUCCCCAUCGUCUCUCUCUGCCUCUCUCUCUCUCUCUCUCCCCCAUUUUCCUUCUCAGACUCCCAAAUUUUUCAAGAAACGAUCCAAGACUCAGAGACCCAACACCCAUCAAUCCUCACCCCACCGCCACCAAGGCUUCGGUCUCGUUUUGUGAUCCAUGGCGGAUUACAGCUACAGUCACGACAGAUCAAAGUCCUAUGUAGGCCCCAACACGAUGCAGCUGCAGCGGUACUACGGACCACCACCGCCACAGCCGCGCGGUGACCUCAGGAGCUACAGUGUAUCAUAUGCAGAGACAGACAUGUGGGGCACUUACAGCAGCAACAACUUCAACAGGGACUUGAAGUUGAAGAAAGGGAAGAGCACGUCUGGGUCAACCUCAAAGUCGUGGAGCUUCACCGACCCUGAGCUGCAGAGGAAGAAGAGGGUGGCCAGCUACAAGAUGUAUGGGGUUGAAGGCAAGGUGAAAGGGUCUUUCAGGAAGAGCUUCAGGUGGCUUAAGGAUAGGUUGUCACUGUCGUUCAGGUAGUUUAACGACUGCUGCGACAUCCUUCAUUGUGAGUCGGUGUACCUCUUCGUGAAUAUUACCUAUUGAUGUCCGCGAACUCGGCGUUUUCUGUCUACCAAUUGUCAAAGUGAGUUAUCACGCAGCAACUCGAGGGACAAAUUCUUUUUGUUUUCGUUGAAUUAUCUGAUGGACACUAUUGAUUAAGUUCAGGGGGAUUCAUCAUAAGCAAGGUCUGUCUUUUUGGAGAGUUAGCUAUAACCGGGUAUCCUCCUGAGAACAUUGUGUCAUGUCAUCAAGUCUGGUGUAUACUGGUAAAUUAUCGAAUCGCGCUCUUUGCCUCUUUUGUUUCGCCGAGUAUAGUGGAACGUGUUCCAGCUAAUGUAUGUCUGUUUCUUCUCUUUUGCUCACACACGUUGGUGAAUAGAAUGUAAAACACUAGACAAUUUUGGUACAUGAUACAUCCCUAUGUAGUUAUGCAGUCUUUUCUCCCAACCUCAAAACUGUCUUGAAUCCCAUGUGCCUUUUGAAACUGA